AUGCUUCUGCUACGAGCAUUACAUUCAACGCACAAACGAAGCGUCUCCUUCACACGCCUCAAAGAGAUUGGUUUGUCCUCAGCAGUGGGCGGAGCCCCAGGUGAACCGGAGUUCGGGAUUGGCCACCUUCUGACUAAAGAGGCGUUUUCUCGCGAUAUUUCGGUCGAAGGUACCCGGAGACGCGUAGCGCUCAGCGGAGGUCAGUGGGGGUGGCGGGCACCGGAGCCGGGAAGGGACGGCUCAGGGGAGGAGGGCGAGCGUGUGCUGCCCGCGCCACUCGGGCCCUGUCAGGACCAGCUGCCCGAGGUCCAGGGGCGGUGUGUGGACAGCACGGCCCUCCUGGCCCGCGCGUCGGCCCGGGUCGUGGCCGCAGAGGCCGAGACGCCUGGUUCCGCGGGGUCGCCGCCGCCUGGAGCUGGGCAGUCUGGCCCUGGGAACCGGGAGACGGACGCAUUUCGGCCACUGAGGUACCUUGUGGAGCCUGGACUCAAAGGAGAGCGUUUCGCUUAUGCAUCUGGAUGUGACAUUGUAAUACUGGGAAGUGAUUUUGAAAGAUUACAGAUAAUCCCAGGAGCUAAACAUGGAAAUAUUCAAGUGGGAUGUGUAGACUGUUCAAUGCAACAAGGCAAGAUUGCAGCAUCCUAUGGAAAUGUUAUCUCUGUUUUUGAACCAGUUAACCUACCGAAACAAAAGAAAAAUUUGGAAUUAUAUAGUCAGUGGCAGAAGACUGGCCAAUUUUUUCUGGAAUCAAUAGCACAUAAUAUAACUUGGGACCCCACAGGCAGUCGUCUUUUAACUGGUUCCAGCUAUUUGCAACUCUGGUCCAACAUUAACUUGGAGAAACCAGCUGAAGAUGAAAAUUCAGAUAAAGCAGAUCUUAACUUUGGGGAUUGGAGAUGCAUUUGGCAUUGCAAAACUGCUUCCCAAGUUCAUUUAAUGAAAUUUUCACCAGAUGGAGAAUUUUUUGCCACUGCUGGAAAGGAUGACUGUCUCUUAAAGGUAUGGUAUAAUGUAGAAAACUGGCGGACAGCUGUUACCUCUCCAGAAAGAAGUUCAGAAAAGCAAUCCCAAGGAGAAAUUGACUUUUCUUUUGUAUAUCUGGCUCAUCCUCGAGCUGUAAAUGGAUUUUCCUGGCGUAAAACAAGCAAAUAUAUGCCUAGGGCUUCUGUAUGUAAUGUACUUUUGACAUGCUGCAAAGAUAAUGUGUGUCGUCUUUGGGUAGAGACAUUUUUGCCAAAUGAUUGUUUACUGUACGGAGGUGACUGUAACCAUUGGACUGAACCAAUUAAUUUAACAAACAACUUCAAGAGAAAUGCUUCCAGUAAAGAACGAGUACAAAAUGCGUUAGAAGUGAAUCUGAGACAUUUUCGUAAAGGUCGGAGGAGAUCACUUGCACUUGUAGCACAUACCGGAUAUCUGCCUCAUCAACAGGAUCCUCAUAAUGUCCACAGGAACACUCCACUGCAUGCCAAUGCACUUUGCCACUUUCAUAUUGCAGCCAGCAUCAAUCCAGCCACAGAUAUUCCACUUCUUCCAUCUAUUACUUCUCUGAGUCUAAGUGAAAAUGAAGAGAAGAGUGGACCUUUUGUGGUACACUGGCUAAACAAUAAAGAGCUGCAUUUUAGUUUGUCUAUGGAAGUCUUUUUGCAGCAACUUAGAAAAAGUUUUGAACAACCAUCUUCUGAGGCCAGUGUAGAGGACUCUAAUCAGGCAGAUGUAAAAUCUGAUGAAGAAACAGAUGAUGGUGUUGAUGAUCUGAAAAUAAAUCAUGAAAAGAAGGACUUGGGCAGUGAUAAAAUGGUCCCAAACUCAAGUUCUGCAUCAUUACCAUCAGCUGCUAUUGAUCAUCAGAUUGAAGUACUUCUGUCUGAAUGGAGUAAAAAUGCAGAUAUGCUAUUCAGUAUUCAUCCCAUGGAUGGUUCUUUGCUAGUCUGGCAUGUGGAUUGGCUGGAUGAAUACCAGCCUGGUAUGUUUCGUCAAGUACAGGUGUCCUUUGUUUCCAGAAUUCCAGUAGCUUUUCCCACGGGUGAUGCUAAUUCUCUCUGUAAAAGCAUAGUGAUGUAUGCCUGUACCAAGAAUGUUGACUUGGCUAUUCAACAAGGGAAGCAAAAACCUUCUGGCCUGACUCGUUCCACAUCAAUGCUUAUCUCUUCUGGUCAAAAUAAAUCACCUAAUAGUUUAAAAUUGAGUAUUUUUACUCCUAAUGUUAUGAUGAUUUCCAAGCAUGCUGAUGGUUCUCUGAAUCAGUGGCUGGUCAGUUUUGCUGAGGAAUCUGCUUUUUCUACAGUACUCAGUAUUUCCCACAAAUCCAGAUAUUGUGGUCAUCGCUUUCAUCUUAAUGAUUUAGCUUGCCAUUCAGUAUUACCAUUAUUGUUGACAACGUCACACCAUAAUGCACUAAGGACACCAGAUGUUGAUAACCAAAAACACCCUUUUGAUGCUAUAAAUAUUGAAUGUUCUUUGACACAACAAAAUAAAAGCACUGCUGAUGUGGCAUUUCAGGAUCCCAAUGCAAUUUACAGUGAGCUUAUUCUUUGGAGGGUUGAUCCAGUUGGGCCAUUGUCUUUCUCUGGAGGAGUUUCUGAGCUUGCCCGGAUUAAUUCCCUUCAUGUUUCUGCCUUUUCCAAUGUGGCGUGGCUACCCACUCUUAUACCCAGUUACUGUUUAGGUGCAUACUGCAACUCUCCUAGUGCGUGUUUUGUAGCAAGUGAUGGACAGCAUCUGAGAUUAUAUGAAGCGGUUAUUGAUGCCAAGAAACUUUUAUUUGAGCUUUCUAACCCUGAAAUUUCUAAAUAUGUUGGUGAAGUGUUCAACAUCGUCAGUCAGCAGUCGACAGCCAGGCCAGGAUGUAUCAUUGCAUUAGAUCCCAUUACCAAACUUCAUGGUAGAAAAACUCAACUGCUUCAUGUUUUUCAAGAAGACUUCAUUUUGAAUAACCUUGAGAAGAAAAGUCUGGGAAAAGACAACACUUUAUCUGAUGCAGGCAGCUCACCUAAUGGAUUUUCUGAAAAGUUCUACCUAAUUGUAAUAGAGUGCACUCAAGACAACCGUUCACUGUUACACAUGUGGAAUUUACAUUUAAAGUCAGUUCCUGUCUCAUUGGAUGAAAAAGUAGAUAAAAAAAUAUCUGAAGCAGUUUGGCAACCAGAAGAACAUCAUUCUUCUCCAGAGAAAAUCCUAUCUCCUUUUUCACAGAAGUAUCAGGCUUGCAGAGCAAAUCUCCAGAGUACCAGCAAGUUGACUCUGUUUUCAGAAAUGGUUUAUAGCCAAGAAUUGAAUUUGCCAGAGGGAGUUGAGAUAAUAAGUAUCAAGCCAUCAGCAG